GUGUGUGUGCGCCAUCUGCAUCCGAGCAGCAGUCAGACGGGUGCGCACGAGCUCCGUUGCUUGAUGACACUAGUGUUUUUAAGUGUGUCUCGUUUUCAGUGCGUUUUCAGGAUCCAAUAAAACUCCACUAACACACACACACACACACUCACAUUCGCGCGCUCCGGACGACAAAAUACAGCACGCGUACACGGAGACGGAGACAGAAAACAGAGAAGAGCGCGCGCACAUCCCAGGUCCACGUUGAGAAGCGCGCGGCGGAGCAGCUCAUCACAUCCACGAGGCUUGUGAGUGUCGUGCGCGCGCGCGUUCUCGCGUUUAAAGCCGGCAGAAAGGCUCGAGGAGCGCUGCAGCCGCAGAUCAUAUUGGUCAUGGCCGGGGCCAGGAUGCUCGACCUCAUGCUUGGAGUUGUGUUACUUCUGCACGCUCUUGGAAGUCUGUUCCAAAUCACUCGCGGGGAACUAACCAACCAGGGAGAUUCUUAUUAUUCAAUGAUUCAGGGGCCAGCACACGAUGAUGACAUUACAGUGGAAGUGCUCAGGAAGAGACGGUGGCUGUCUGAGCCCAGAAUGACCAGCAACAAAGCCAGCCACGAGAUAUCAGAGUCGCAGGAUUUACCUGGAUCGCUGGUCGACACUGAAGCAGAUAACAGCUCCCAGAUAGCAGAAGAUACAGAUCACAACUACUACACAUCGAAGACCUAUAAUCCUAACGAUCCCAUGAGCAAAGAAUUAUGGGUGAACAUUGACCAGAUGGACAAGGAGAAAGUGAAGAUUCAUGGAAUCCUGUCCAAUACUCACAGACAGGCAGCGCGGGUCAACCUGUCUUUUGAUUUCCCCUUUUAUGGACAUUUUCUCAGGGAGAUCACUGUGGCAACUGGCGGGUUCAUUUACACGGGAGAUGUGGUACACAGAAUGCUGACAGCCACACAGUACAUUGCCCCGCUCAUGGCGAACUUUGACCCCAGUCUGUCAAGAAACUCAACUGUCAUUUAUUUUGACAAUGGCACUGCACUCGUGGUUCAGUGGGACCACGUUCACCUUCAGGACUCGUACAAUCUGGGCAGCUUCACAUUUCAGGCCACGCUACACAGUGAUGGCAGAAUUAUCUUCGCCUACAAGGAGGUUCCUAUUCAGAUCGCUCAGAUCAGCUCUGUGAACCAUCCAGUGAAGGUCGGCCUCUCUGACGCCUUUGUGGUGGUUCACAGGAUUCAACAAAUUCCAAAUGUUCGAAGGAAGACUAUCUAUGAGUAUCACCGUGUGGAGUUACUCAAGACCAAAAUCACAAACAGCACAGCUGUGGAAAUGAUGCCGCUCCCAACAUGCCUCCAGUUUAGAAGCUGUUCCGCCUGCAUUGCGGCUGACAUCAAUUUCAACUGUAGCUGGUGUCACCGACUUAACCGAUGCUCCAGUGGCUUUGAUCGCCAUCGGCAGGACUGGGUAGACAACAGCUGUCCAGAUGAGACAAAGGACAACAUGUGUGACAUCAACACCACUCAGUUCGAAUCGUCUACCACCACAUCAGUAACCAAAGCAUUCACAAAGAACAGAGCUAUUACAGAGGCGGAUUCCACCCAGUCUACAUCACAUCCGCCCACCAGCAUGCCUACAGAGGAUGACACCAAGAUUGCCCUCCAUCUCAAAGACAAUAGAGCAGAAGCAGCACACAGCAUGGCGGAGCGGGAAUCAACCAGCAACAAACAUAAUCUUCACACAGGCCUGAUCCUGGCCAUGCUCAUGCUGAUGUUGGUCAUAGUGGCUGUGGUGCUGGUGACUGUUUACAUCUACCACCGUCCCAGUUCAGCUGCCAGCCUCUUCUUCAUCGAGAGACGACCGAGCCGGUGGCCUGCUAUGAAGUUCCGCCGUGGUUCUGGGUAUCCCGCAUACGCUGAGGUUGAGCCCGUUGGCCAGGAGAAAGAGGGCUUUAUCGAGGCUGAGCAGUGCUGAGGUCUUAAUCUUUGACCUUGUUCCCCAUACACUGCCCUGCUCCCUUCUCAUUCACACUACACAUCCAUGUAAGAACUGAAAUGCCCCGCUCUCAUCGAUCGUCCAAACUGGAAAUAAAAACAACAAUGUGGAUAUAAAAUCAAGAGCAGUAGCCGGUUGGCUGAUGAUUAGUAGCACAGAUUCAGAUUCCUAAAAAUUGAUGAUCAAAUGAGUCAUGAGAAAACUGACAAAUGUCUGAUUCUGGAUCAUCAUUAAAACUGUCCAAACUGUAUGCUGAGCUCUAGAGCUGAUCUAGAAACGGCACCCGAAGCCCUGAUCCCACUGGAAUAGAUUUGGAUUCUUAUUAGAUGCAUUUUUUAUUUUUAUUUUUUUUCACCACAAGAGGAAACUCUUUUUGAAAACUGUUUUAAAAUUCAGAGCAGAAAAAUUGGUUUUGGUCUUUAUAUAUCUUUUCAAUGGAUUUUAAGUUUUUUUUUUUUUAUUAUUAUUGCUUUUUAUUGUUGCAUUUAUUCAGGUUUUAUUUGAUGUUUUGGAGGAAUUUAGUGCAGGGUCGUUGCUUGAAAGGCAGUUAUACUCAUAUCAAAUCGUCAUUUACAUUUGUCUGCUACAAUUGGGAAACGUUUGCUCACUAAAUCCAACAGUGUUGCUUAACUUUUCCAUGCCUAUGACUCAUACUCACUUUAUUAUUUUUUUGCACAAAAGUUUUUUUUAAUGUACAUAUAUAUAUAUAUAUUUUUUUUUCUGGGGUUACUAACGCAAAGUUACAAGACAGGCGCUUGUGGAUUUUUGUAUCCUGUGUGUGUCAAAAUAGAGGUUGGUUUUCAGCAGAUAAAAAGAUUUUCUUGUUUCUUUUAUAUCUUUUUAAUAGUUUUCCAACAGUUUCAUUUUUUCCCCAUAGAAACUCCUCCCAUCCUACUGCUAGCUCUGACUAAAUCCUGUUCAAUUGCUUAAACGCGGUACAUGCAAUAGUCAUGCCAGUGUACGUGACCACAUAAAUGAGAAUAUAUAUUUGAUAUCUGUCCAUAUGUAAUUACUCUAUAAAUCUAUAACAGUGUUUAAAUGUUAUCAGCUGUGUUCUUAUUAUAUGAAUAGAGUGAGGUCUUUUUAAUGGAAUGAAGACUACAUAUAGCAUUCUUUAGGUUUAUCCUGCGAUUCAUGCAUUGUCCAUAUAGGAUCAGAGAAAUAGAUUUCUAUUAAUGUAGCAUAGACACAAAUAAAUACUAAACUCGAAUCUUUUUUUUUAUUAUUCAAUCAUUUCAAUACUAUUAUGUGAUUGUCAUUACAAUUUUAAGAAGUUGGUUCUUGCUCUACAGUCAUAUCUAUAAUCACAGCAAUUCAUUAUUGUUCCUGUUGCAAAUGUUUUACUGUUUUAAAGACCAAAGACCCAUAAUCACUGCAUCACAACUACUGUUCCUUAUUUUUUCCCUUCACACACACACACACACACACACACACACACACAUACACACACAGGCACAGAUUAAGACAAAUGUCUUCUGAAACUGCAUAAUAAACUCAGGUUCAGUUAGAAACAUGAUUGUGUGAAUUACAGAGGAAAAGUAGGGGGGAAAAAAUUAACUAUGUUACAGAUGCAAAUCAUAAACCGAUGCAGAUAAUAGUACACCAGAACCAUCACAUUUCAAUAAAGAAAAUGAUGUAUGGGAAUUCAAGAAAGACAUGUUGGCCUUUUUUUUUAGUUUGGGGGUUUUUUUUUUACUUUUUUUCUGAAUCACUGGACUGAUUUUACUGAUUUUCUUUGAGUGUGUGUGGGUGGCUGGGUUUGUAUGUGUGUGAGUGAUUUUAAAAGUGAAUUAAUGAAUGCUUGACAGAUGAGGAGAACGUUACUUUUAACAGCUCUCAAAUUCUGGAUUUUCCCCCCAAUAACAGUUCUUUGAGAGCUGCUGGACUAGUUGAUGCUGUAACUCUGUGUGCUCCUCUAUAACUACUGUCAUUUUGAUUGCAUUUUAAACUCAAUAAAGUUGUUUAAACAAG